CGGCAUGCGAUGGGGAACUGCUGCUGGACGCAGUGCUUCGGGCUGCUUCGCCGGGAAACCGGACGGCUGCAGCGAGCCGGCGGAGGAUCAAAGUACUUUAGAACAUGCCCAAGAGGAGAGCAUUUGACCAUAGAGUUUGAGAACCUGGUAGAGAGCGAUGAGGGGGAGAGUCCAGGAAGCAGCCAUAGGCCACUUACUGAGGAAGAAAUUGUUGACUUACAAGAGAGGCAUUAUGAUUCGAUUGCUGAAAAACAGAAAGAUGUGGAUAGGAAACUCCAGAGGGAGUUAGCCUUACAAGAGGAGAAGUUAAGACUAGAAGAAGAAGCUUUAUACGCUGCCCAGCGUGAAGCAGCCAGGGCAGCAAGGCAGCGAAAGCUCCUGGAGCAAGAAAAGCAGAGAGCUACACAGCGCUAUCAUCCUGGCAAUGGAGACUAUCAAAGUGCAGGACCAGAAGACGACUUCGAAUCUUGUUUGAGAAACAUGAAGUCACAGUACGAAGUUUUUCGAAGUAGUAGACUCUCAUCCGAUGCCACGGUACUGACACCAAAUACUGAAAGCAGCUGUGACUUAAUGACCAAAACCAAGUCGACCAGUGGGAAUGACGACAGCACCUCCUUAGACCUGGAGUGGGAAGAUGAAGAAGGAAUGAAUCGGAUGCUGCCAAUGAGAGAGCGCUCAAAGACAGAAGAAGACAUCCUCCGGGCAGCACUGAAGUACAGUAGCAAGAAGGGCAGCAACCCUACAUCCGCCUCUGAUGACUCCAACGGGCUGGAGUGGGAGAACGACUUCGUCAGCGCCGAGAUGGAUGAUAACGGCAAUUCGGAGUACUCCGGGAGCAGGAGUGGAGAGACAGCUGAACGCUUCGGUCAGGCGCGGUCUCAACAUCUGCCCUCUGUGUCCCAGGACUGACGCAGUGAUCUGACAUAUCAAACACUCACGGCAUUCCUGUUCACCCUGGUCAGAGUUCUGCAUCUUAAAUCAUUUUUAUUUUACUUUGACUGCUUUACUAAACCUAUUUUAUUACAGAAAUAAAAAUCUAAAAGUCUUUUGUUAGUUCUCAGCAGAUAUAAAGGCACCAUGAAGGAGGGAUGUUGGAAUUACUUAGAAGGCUGGUCCCUUUUCCAGCAUCGUUUACUUUGACGAGUUCCUUUAAUUUGGUUGUCUAGUAGUCAGCAGUUAAUUGGAGAUGACCCCAAAUCACGCUGAUAUAUGGGUUUCUUUCCACACAUGCUAAUUCAGUGUUUACUCAAUCUGAAUAAAAGAUAAUAGGAUUAAAGAAAUUUUCAGUUUGGACACUUUGAAUUGGUAAUAAUUAAAUAAUAGUUAACAAUAUAAAUUAUUUUUUUUACUUCCUUUUACAUGCCACUAUGUUGGCUUUAAAUUGAGAUCUUAAGUGUUUGCUUUCAUUUUUUAUUUCUAUAUUUCCAGUGAAUGAUCUGCAAGAUUUUACACAGAACAUAUUCUGUGAAUGAUUUAAGAAAACAUUAAAAUACGGGUAUUUCCAAAUAAAUAAAAUCCUUUCUGAUAUGAAAGGUCCUGUUGAUUGUAUUGCCCUUUCCUUUGCCUUGUAGUACAAGGUGCUUUGUGGGAUGGAACUAAUGUAUCUGUGUAUUGACGGCCUGUGUCUGGAUCCACGUGGAAGACCAGGGCUGAGAAACACUCCCUAACUGCAUUCCUUGGUUGGCUGAGGACUGAGUGUCACUGUGGCGAGCACACUGUUCUCUCUCCCUUGCUGUCUUGCUCUCUUCAGCAGUGAUGGUGCAUGCUCUCAACGGUACAGGAAGGCCCAGGUAGAGAUAGUGAAGUUCUUCUGUCCAUGAAAAGAUGUGUGGCCCUUUCGAUAUCUGAACUGCUAUACAAUGACAUCUGCAGUUUUGUCAUUUUUUAAUCUCAUAGAAAUAAAGAUACUUUGAUAUGUAAAUAUGCAUUAGGUUAUGCUAUUAUUUAUAUGUGUCUUAAAAUUUAAAUUGCAGUUGUGCCAUGGAAAUAAUUUAAAAAUACUCUAUAUUCACAUUGCCUGUGUUCCUGCUUUUUAAGGUUUAUAUUACAUCAGAUGUAUAUUUUUGGUUUGGCAUAAGCUACUGUUGUAAUAUUUUGGCUUUUUGUUCAUAAAGAAUUUUCUGAAGGAAUGGUAACUUCUCAAGGAUUGUGAAUAAACAUUUUUACAUUUAA